AUGGGCCGUCAUGCGACUUUCUUCUCGGCCGCUUUCUUGGCCACGGGAGGCUUUUUGUUCGGAUUCGAUUCCGGUAUUAUCACUUCCACCAUCGCACUCCAGACAUUCAAAGACUACUUUCACCCAUCUGAUGCUAUUGCCGGAGGAAUAGUAUCAUCGUUCCAGGGAGGAGCGAUCCUUGGGACGAUGGUGAACAUGCUAUUUUCCGACUGGCUGGGACGUCGCAAUACGGUAUUUCUUGGCUCAAUCAUAUCUGGUCUGGGGUCUGCACUCCAGGCCGGCUCUCGGAAUCUGCUCACCCUCAUCAUCGGGCGGUUCAUCGGCGGUGCUGCUGUUGGAAUUCUGACAUCGACCAUCCCGAUGUAUGCUUCGGAACUGUCGGAAGCCAAGCAUCGGGGUAAACUCUCAGGUCUCUUGCAAUGGAUGCUGAGCUGGGGCUUCUUGGUAGCCCAAUGGUUGGGCUACGGGUGCUCGUUCGUGAAGACUGACUUUUCAUGGCGCUUCCCGCUGGCGUUCCAAUGCAUCCCAGGUAUCAUCUUGGCACUGGGCAUAUAUUUCCUUCAAGAGUCACCUCGGUGGCUCAUGGAAAAGGGACGACCUGAUGAGGCUCGUCAAGGACUAGACAAGCUACGCAUUGGUGUAGAUGAGAAGGUUGUUGAUGUUGAGUACAACGAAAUCCGACUUGCCGUCCGUGAACAGUCUGCCAUCAACAAGAAUUGGAACCUAUGGAAGGAAAUUCUCACUCGUCCUUCCUGGCGCAAGCGACUGCUGUUAGGUUGCGCUCUUCAAGCAUUUUCUCCAUUGUCUGGCAUUAACGUCAUUAACUAUUUCGGCCCUCGCAUCUACGAACUUCUGGGAAUCGGAACCCAGACAUCACUGAUGAUCAUCGGUAUAAACGGCGCCCUCGGUAUCAUCUACAACUCCGUUGGCCUUUGGAUGUUGGAUCGCGUUGGGAGGGUUAGACCUCUUAUCGUCUCUGCUCUCGGAUUGGCGGCUGCCCUGCUUGUUAACGCGAUCCAAUUUCAGUACCUGGACAGGUCUAAUGCGGACCAGUUGAGGAGUAUGGUGGCCAUGAACUUUGUGUUUGGCUUCUUCUUCACCCCGCUUGGCAUCAUCAGUUGGGUGUACCCUGCGGAAAUUUUCCCUCUAGAAAUCCGAGCCCUCGGCAAUGCUCUUACCACCUUCACCAACUGGACCGUCAACCUGAUCCUGGUCUCAUUUUCACCACAAGCCCUUACGGCUGUUGGAUUCAAAUUCUUCUACGUCUUCUUCGUCUUCAACAUGAUAGCGGCGGUUUGUUAUUACUUGUUUUAUCCAGAAACACGUGGCAAGACUUUGGAACAGAUGGACGAGCUUUUCGGCGAUGGCGUUCCGCCAUUCAACCAACGGUCUGCUCCAGCUAUUACAGAGUCUACCGAUGAAGAGGCUCGAGGCGAAAUCAUUUCGGCUGGGGCUACAACACAACCAUUGAAAACAACCAAGCGUACGUACACAAAAUACAACACCUUUCACUUGGAGGGAUAG